GGAUUCCGUGUCAAUCAAGUGCGCCGGUGAUUUGACAGGUAGGAAGAAAGAUGGCUGCGUCCGUGACAGCUGCCACUGCUGCCGAGGGGACUCGGGGGAAGCGAGCCGCCAUCUCCAUCGCUCUGAUCACCGCAGUGCUGGGGCUGCCCCUCUGGUGGAAAACCACAGAGACCUACCGAGCAUCCCUACCCUUCACCGAGAUCAGCCAGCUGGACAGACUGCAGCUCCAGCUCACAGUUCCUAUAGAGAUUGUAUUCGCUAAAGGCACACUGAGUACAGAGCAGCAAAGAAAACUCCCCUCCUCUGACUCCAAGAACAAUGAGGUUGUACUAAACAGCCACACUAGGUUUAACUGUCAUUAUGCGAUUAAGUACCGAAGAAUAAGCAGCACAGAGGAAGAAACGUUGACACUGCAAAGCGUGAAAGAUACUGAUGAAGCUCUUCAGCUACUCGAUAAAGGGGAGCAGGGCUCCAUUUCCUUAUAUAUUUUGCCGGAGACAUCAUCUCUUCUUUCCCAGGGGGUCAGUGUGUACAUUGGUAAGCACCGAAGAGCAUUUGUAAAAUGUGCAUUGGAUCAGUCUGCUCGUAUAGAGGACUUUCUCCGAACCCUCUACAAGAAUGUGCAGCGUGUUAUUCAAACAAUGUCAUUCAAUGGAGAGACUGUCACAGCAGCACUGUCUGAUCGCAUCCCAAUUAGCCGAUUCAGCAAAGAUGAUUUUGAAAACAGCAGAAGAGCAUUCAAGUCCAGCCCAGGUUAUGACAUCACAUUCAGUUUAUUGAAUCCUGACCCCAAAUCUCUUGAUGUGAACUGGAAUAUCAGUUCUGCUUCAGACCAGUACAUACAGCCAUUUUUGGACAAGCUCCAACCUGUAGCCAACUUUUCUGUUGAUUCUCAGAUAUUGUAUUAUGCUGUUCUUGGAGUUACACCUCGCUUUGAAAAGUCUAGUUCCAGCUACAUCCUUAAUGCAAAUAAUUUGCCCCAUGUUAUCAACCCAGUAGAGGCUCGGCUUGGUUCCAGUGCUGCCUCUCUCUAUCCAGUCUUGAACUUUUUACUAUACGUUCCAGAAUAUUUUCACUCUCCUCUCUACAUCCAGGACAAAGAUGGUAACAGGGUACCAACCAAUGCGUUUCACAGCCCACGCUGGGGUGGAAUCAUGGUCUAUAAUGUAGAUUAUAAAAGCCAAGGAGAACAAGAACCUCCAAUAUACGUGGACAUCGACAUGGUGCAAGUGAUGGAAAUUUUCCUUACACAGCUACGACUCCUAUUAGGCAUUACAAAGGUCUAUGUGCCAGACAAUUAUAUGGUGGAAAAUCCAGGCAAUGAGGGGCUGACAGACUGGGAGCUAGACAAACUCCUCUGGUCAAGGACUGUUGAGAAUAUAGCUACAGUGUCUACCACGUUGACAUCUUUGGCUCAACUUCUGGAUCAGAUCGGGAACAUUGUUAUUAAUGACAAUGUAGCCUCGGAGGUGUACCGUGCAGUUUCCUCUGUUCAGAUCUCUAUGACUGAAUUAGAUGCUGGUCGACUAGAGUUUGCUUUUCAAGCUAGCAAGGAAGCCAUUACUUCUUCAGAAAAGGCGUUUUUUGAUCCUUCUCUCCUUCACCUGUUAUAUUUCCCAGAUGAUCAAAAAUUUGCUAUUUACAUACCGCUUUUCUUACCCAUGGCUGUCCCAAUCCUGCUGUCCAUGUUAAAGAUUGCCAAGGAGUACAAAGCUAGCAAAAAGGAAGCAAUCAAAGUUGAAUGAGCUGCUUGCUGGAGAUGGAUAGUUCAUGUUUGGUAUGGAAUUGCUAAAAAAAAAAAGACAAACACACUAUGGGUUGCAUUUUAAAAUUGCAUGGACGUGUUUCAGUUAACAAGUAUGACAGCCUGGAGGAGAACUGUAUACCAAUCAUCCCUUAACUGUCAUGGAGAAAUCUUUAAAUCAACACCUGGUUCUUUCACAGAGAAUAGUGUGGUUUCGGUUUUCAUGUGUUGAGAGUGUUGCAGCUGCCAUAAAGCAUGUCAGUGUGUCAAUUUAUAAUAUAUGUAUAUAUGGAGCAUACUACCCAUGUGAUUUAUCACUGAUGUAGGCUGCAGGGCAGUCUGUCUCAAUGAAUUAUAAGUUUUGUAACUUGGAGAUGUAAAUAAAGAACAACUUGAAUCCUGA